AUCGGCUGGAGUUAGGUGGGGUGUGCGCGCCUUUAACCACAUCCAGGGAGGAGCAGAAAAGGCUGUUCAGACCUGCCUUGGGAGCAGACGCAAGGCUGACAUCCUACUUUCUUCCCUGCUAAUCCCAUCGCUUCUUCUCUCUUUUCCUUUCUUCCUCUGCAGCAAGAUGGCCAGCUACAAGGUCCAGGUGGCGACCGGCAACUACCUCCUCGGUGGGACCUUCAGCAGGAUCUCCAUCACCCUGGUGGGAACGCAAGGGGAGAGCCCCAAACAGGAGCUGAACAACUCUGGAAGGGAUUUUGUGCGCGGCGCUGUGGACGAGUUUAGCCUUCCAUGUGAGCCAGACCUGGGGUCUCUCCUGAUGAUUCGACUCCACAAAGACCCUUACUUGUUCUUCCCUUCCGACGGCUGGUACUGCAGUUACGUCAAGGUGAAGACGCCGCGGGGGGACGUGUACACCUUCCCUUCUUAUCAGUGGCUGGAGGGCCACGGCACCUGGAGUCUGCGGGAAGGCACAGCCAAAAAAAUUGCUGAUGAUGCAGGCAACCAACUUCUCCUGGAUCAUCGGAAAGAAGAGUUGAAAAAACAGCAAGAUUUCUACAGGGAACUUGAAGUGAGGCUGAAAGGCUUCUCCGGUUUGAGGGAUUCCUGGAAAAGUUUGGAAGAUAUUCACAAAAUCUUUUGGUUUAACAAAACACCAGUCUCAGAAUACGUUGCCGAACACUGGCUGGAGGACAGUUUCUUUGGCUACCAAUAUCUGAACGGGGUCCACCCCACGAUGAUCAGAAAGUGCACCGAGAUCCCGCCUAACUUCCCAGUGACUCCGGAGAUGGUCGCGGGUUGCCUAGGACCAUCGACAAGUCUUCAAAAAGAGCUGAAGAAAGGAAACAUCUUUAUCAUUGACUACAAAAUCCUCGAGGGCAUACCCACCUGCAAGCUGGACGGGAUACAGCAGUACCUCGCAGCCCCCAUCUGCUUGUUCUACCUUAACCCGAAAGGACAGAUGAUGCCUUUGGCUAUCCAGCUCAGCCACACCCCUGGUCCAGAGAUCCCUAUCUUCCUUCCCACUGACCGUAAAUGGGAUUGGACGCUGGCCAAGAUCUGGACGAAGCUGGCCAACUUCCAUGUCCAUGAAGUCAACACCCACCUCCUUGAAGCGCACUUCCUGGGAGAAGUCUAUGUCAUGGCCACUCUCCGUCAGCUGCCCCGAUGCCACCCAAUCUACAAGCUCCUGAUCCCUCAUACCCGUUUUAUAUUCCACAUCAACACCUUGGCCCGGACUUCUCUGCUCCAUCCGGGAGGAUUUCUGGAUAAGGCAGCUUCGACAGGGCGGGAGGGGAUGGUACAGCUGAUGGCCAAGGGCACCCAAACCACCACGUACGCCUCCCUUUGCCUCCCUGAUGACCUCCAACAGCGAGGAGUCACUUCCGUCCCUAACUACUACUACAUGGAAGAUGGGAUGAAGAUCUGGACAGCCAUAGAGAACUUCGUCUCUGCCAUUGUUGGCUUCUACUACAAAUGUGACGCGGAGGUGAAGGACGACCCCGAAAUACAGGCGUGGGUCCACGAGAUCUUCACGGAAGCAUUUCUGGGCCGGGAAUCCUCAGGAGCCCCUUCUACCUUGGAAACGAAAGCUGAGCUGACCAAGUUCCUCACCAUGAUCAUCUUUUGCUCUUCGGCCCGCCAUGCAGCGGUCAACAGUGGGCAGUUUGAUUUCGCCGCCUGGAUGCCCAACACGCCGGCCACUUUGCGACAGCCUCCUCCGAAAGUCAAGGGCACCGCGUCCUUGGAGAGCAUUCUGGACACCCUCCCGGAUGUCAGCUCCACCUGCACUCUCCUGGUGGUGCUCUCCGUGGUGAGCUACCCGCUGCACGAACAGGGACGCCUGGGCCACUACCCUGAUGAGCAUUUUACAGAAGAGGAACCCAAGCGACACAUUGCCGCCUUCCAAGAACGCCUGGCUGUCAUUUCCAAGACGAUUGAAGAAAGGAACAAAAAGCUGGCCCUCCCUUACAGCUACCUGAACCCAGUCUUGGUAGAGAACAGCAUCGCUGUGUAACACCAGGGGAUGGCUCCUCGGUGUAGCCAAGCACCCUCUCUUGGCCGAAGACAGAGGAAAAGCUGGCUUGGGGCGCAGUCACACUUGCCAAACCCACCCCCACCCCCUUAUAUUGAUUAUGCGGUUACUUAAAUCACUUUAUAAAUUUCUGUUCACUUGAUGUUGAUUCAUUAGCCAACCAAUCAUGUUUUUCCCCCCACACCAUCAGCAUAGCUUUUUAUAAAUGAUCCCUGUAUCGCUUCAGUCCUUAUCA